AUGGCUGGAACUAAGCGCUUAAGCGUUUCAACGCGAGAUGCUGCUCAAACAGGCUCCAAGAAAGCAAGGCAAAACUUGAAGCAGAGUGCAACUACACCUCGUGCGGGUAGACAUGGGAGCGUAAGCGAUGAGCUCGAGAGCGAGUAUGGAAUAUCCGACGGGGAAGAUGGAUCGGAUGACGCCCAAAUCGAAUUGGACGACGCUCGGAAUGCAUUGAAAAACCUGCAAGCCGCAAUCGAAAAGGCAGAAAAGAGCGACACCUUUGCAAAGGAGAUGGAAAAGAAGGUGAGACUAGACGAGAGAAGGUUGAGGGGUAUAGUUAAAAAGGAAGAGGAAAAAUGGUAUGUGUGUGUUUAUCACGACCUUGAACGUCAGUCUAAAAAGGAGCCUUUACCCGACAGGAACAACGACGAGGAGAUUUUUCGAUCUCGGUUUUCUUCUCUCAUCAAAGCGGCCCUAUCAGCCAGGACGAAUAAAGCCGAGACUACUUCAUCCUUCAAGCAACCCCUUCAAAUAGCCACUUCGGAUGUUAUGCUGGCUGCUGGUGACCACCCUCUGUAUCACAAAACACAGGAGCUGCUAGAGUCUUCCAGGGCUUUGAUCAAUGGCGUUGAUAGCAUCAGCACCCAUACAUCAGAGGCAGAAUUACCCCAUAAUCCAAAGGAGGGACUGGAGAAGGACGUUGCGGAAGCACGUCGUAUCAUUGCCCAUGGGGCAGAAGCAACUGCCAUGGCUGUAGAAAAGCUGUUGGUAUCAGAGAGGAACGGCGCACGGCGGGAGAGCCAAGAGAGACUGCAAGCUGGAGAGGGCCAGGAGGCGUUCCAGAAAGACAACAACUUGCAGGCAAUGUUCGAAAUGGGGAGGGAGGAGCUGAAUGAAAGCACCGAAGACUUGCAAGCUCAGGGAUGGGGACUUGUGGCACAUCAUCUGGAGAGGGGGAUGAGAGAGUUCGUCAAGGCGCUGCCACAGCAUGUACCACGUGACGCCAAGACUUCGAUACUCGCUUACUUUGAUUUUCUGCCCACACAAAAGUUGAAGUCGCAGUUUGAAGUUGUGGAUUUGAUAUCUUCACGCCUGAACGACGCCCAUGCUCCGUCUCUGGGGAUAGAAUUGGCGCGAGAAGCUGACCAGGUUUUCCUCGAACAGAUGGGUGCCCUCAAAUAUGUGGAAGAACUUCAGAAGAAGAAGCAGUCCGAUGUGAUGCGCUUCCUCCUGCGCGUCCGAUGCUGGGAGCUUCGUCAACUCAAUGUCAUCCACCGCGCUUCCCGACCAUCUCGUCCCGACAAGGCCCGCCGUCUCGGAUACAAGGCCAAGCAGGGCUACGUUAUCUACCGCAUCCGUGUGAGACGUGGUGGCCGCAAACGCACUGCUCGCAAGGGUGCUACCUACGGUAAACCCACCAACCAGGGUAUCAACCAGCUCAAGUACCAGCGAUCCCUCAAGUCCACCGCUGAAGAGCGUGUUGGCAAGCGAUGCGCCAAUUUGCGCGUCCUCAACUCCUACUGGAUCAACCAGGACUCCACCUACAAAUACUACGAAAUCAUCCUCGUCGACCCCCAGCACAAGGCCAUCCGCAACGACGCCCGCAUCAACUGGAUCGUCAACCCCGUUCACAAGCACCGCGAAUCUCGUGGUCUCACUGCCACUGGCAAGAAGUCCCGUGGUCUCAACAAGGGUCACGGUUACCACAAGACAACCGCCGGCCGACGGAAGACGUGGAAACGACUCAACACUCAGAACUUCUGGAGAUACCGUUAA